UGCAAACUGGUCACCGAGCCCAUUGCCCGGAAAAUAAAUCGAAACAAAUAAUAAAAUUACGCCAGUAAUUAGGGUCUUGCGGGUGUUUGUGCCCCGUGUUGAGUGUGUUUCCUGGCCACCCCGCACCCGGUCAGCCGGUGGAGAUUCGCCCAGCAAUUAUUACCAUUGUCAUCGCAUUCGCAUUUCCACUGAUGAAUAAGUGCCCCUGUGCGCGCGUGUGUGUGUGCGUGCGAUACACCCACCUUGAGGGAGCACGACAACAACAGUAAAUCAAGCGAGAAGACGGAAAACUGAAAACAAACACGGGGCUGCGACUGCAUACAUUCCGGUUAUUCCACGGUUACGCAGCCCAAGAGCAGGGUCACCCCGUCACCUGGCCACCAGAAACCAGAAGCCCAGCAAAGAACACUUCCAAUCCGACCCCGUAAUACAUCACACACCAUAUAGCCCAUACGAAUACGAAUACCACUUUGCUGGGCGUUCGCGCCAACUAUAAAUAGAAAAAGCAACAACGCAGCAGCAACAGCACAGCACAGCAAACAACUGUCCAUAUCCCUAUCUACAUACAUUUAUCGACUCGACGCAGAAGAAGAACCACCCAAGUAUUACUGCAAUCUUCAUUCCGAGAUUAAGGGAGCCAGCAGGCGGAGGAGGAAGCAUAACCAUAACCACAUCAGGAAAAUGGACACGGCGAGCUCAGGGGACAGUGUGCCCAAUGGAACCGCUCCUGCGGCCACCAGGACGCUCAAGGACAUCGUCAAGGAGCGGUUCAAGGAGGACGAGACCAUAGAAUACCUAUUCGAGGCUUAUCAGAUCAAGGGGCCGGAGUACACCAACCGGCUUUUGGCGCUGGUUUCCUCACAGUCGGGCGGAACCUUCGCCAUCGUCGCCUUCUCCUACCUGCGCACUCCGCUGACCUCCGUGAACGAGCUGAUCAUCAACAAGGUGUUCGCCAUCGACCACAACUUCCAGUUGAGGCAGGAUAGCAAGAGCUCCAUCACCACGCAGCAGUUUGACCUGUCCACAGCCGAGGAUGGGCCCAUCAAGUACUACUACUACGCCACAGAGGGCGACCACUACGAGGAGUUCGUGGCCAAGGUGAUCUCCUUCAAGAGCACCAUGACCCAGCACGACCCCGAGACGGUGCUCAACUUCAGGUGGCUCAACGACUACCGGCAAAUCGGAGAGGUGAAGCAGGAGCUGAAGAAGCGGGAGAGCGAGUACAUUGUCUACAAGGAUAUCAUCAUCUACUGCGCCACGUGGAAUGUGAACAACAAGACCUGCAGCGACAGCCAGAACCCACUGAGAGCCUGGCUGGCGUGCAGUGAGCAGCCGCCGGACAUCUAUGCCAUCGGGCUGCAGGAGCUGGACACUCCCACCAAGGCCAUGCUCAACUCCACCCAGGUGCAGGCCCUCGAGAAGCACUGGAUCGAUAUGAUGAUGGACAGCGUCCACCCGGACGUGGAGUACGAGAUCCUGAUGUCGCACCGCCUGGUGGCCACCAUGCUGACGGUCAUCGUGCGCAAGGAGCUGCGGCAGCACAUCAUCCGCUGCCGCCCCAAGUCGGUGGCCCGCGGCAUCUUCAACACGCUGGGCAACAAGGGCGGCGUGGCCAUCAGCCUGCAGCUGAACGAGGGGAACAUCUGCUUCGUCAACUCCCACCUGGCCGCCCACAUGGGCUACGUGGAGGAGCGCAAUCAGGACUACAAUGCCAUCGUGGAGGGCAUACGCUUUGACGACGGACGCACCAUCAGCGAUCACGAUCACAUCUUCUGGGUGGGCGACCUAAACUAUCGCAUCCAGGAGCCGCCCGGCCAGCAGCGACCAGGACCGCUGAGCGACGCCCAGACCUACGAGCUGCUCCUGCAAUACGACCAGCUGCGCCAGGAGAUGCGGCGCGGCAAGUGCUUCGAGGGCUACACCGAGGGCGACAUCAAGUUCCGGCCGACGUACAAGUACGACCCGGGCACGGACAACUACGACAGCAGCGAGAAGCAGCGGGCGCCGGCCUACUGCGACCGGGUGCUCUGGAAGGGGACGCGCAUCGAGCAGCUGGCCUACAACAGCAUCAUGGAGAUUCGCCAGAGCGACCACAAGCCGGUGUACGCGGUGUUCCGCGUGAAGAUCAAGACGCGCGACGAGGUCAAGUACAAGCGGGUGCAGGAGGAGGUGCUGAAGGCGGUGGACAAGCGGGAGAACGACAACCAGCCGCAGAUCAAUGUGGAGAAGACGGUGAUUGACUUCGGAACGGUGCGCUUCAACGAGGCGACCACGCGGGACUUCAACGUCUACAACAACUGCCCGCUGCCCGUGGACUUCAGCUUCAAGGAGAAGGACAUCCACGCCAUCUGCGAGCCCUGGUUGCAUGUCGACCCGCGCCAGGACUCGCUGCUCAUCGACUCCGCCCGCAGCAUCCGUCUGAAGAUGCACGCCAAUGUGCGCACCAUCGCGGGCCUGCUGCGCAAGAUCCGCGCCAGCGACAACUUUGAUAUACUCAUCCUGCACGUGGAGAACGGGCGGGACAUCUUCAUCACGGUCACCGGCGACUACCAGCCCAGCUGCUUCGGCCUCUCCAUGGAGACGAUGUGCCGCACCGACCGCCCCCUGAGCGAGUUCUCCCAGGAGCAGAUCAAGCAGCUGAUGAACGACGAGUCGCCGGAGUACCGCGUGACCAUGCCGCGCGAGUUCUUCCUGCUGAUCGACUACCUGUACAGGCAGGGCUCCAAGCAGGUGGGCGCCUUUCCGUCCUACGACGCGCGCCUCUCCCUCGGCGCCCAGUUCAACGCGGUGCGCGACUGGCUGGACACCUGGUCGGACGAGCCGUUCCCUGCCAAUGCGGAGACCGCUGCGCAGGCGCUGCUGCUCCUGCUGGAUCUGCCGGAGCAGGCGCUCCUGGAGCCGGUGGUCGAGAACCUGCUGGAGUGCAGCAACAAGUCGCAGGCCAUGGACUACAUCUCGCUGCUGAGUCCGCCCAAGCGCAAUGUCUUCAUGCACCUGUGCAUGUUCCUGCGCGCGGGCAUCGAGAGUCAGUACUACGACCUGCACCAAGUCGCCUCCACCUUCGGACGCAUCCUGCUGCGCAGCACCGAGCGCGCCGCCUGGAUGGACUACCACAGCCGCUGCAUCCAGUUCAUGCGGCUCUUCAUCGACUCGGACGCCGAGACAGUGGGCAACGGCAACGAGGGCGCCGGAACGGGAACGGGAACAGGAUCCGGAUCCGGGGCGAGGGCCGGACUGCAGGCUUAGUCCGGGCGAUAGUUGUACGAGUCUGUUGAUAGUUAGUGUUAGGCUAUUUAUUUUACUUGUUGGUACUUUGUUGGCAAUUAGCAUUUAUAGUUUCUCUGUUUUACCUGUUAAUUGUUUGUGCCCGCCUUCCGUUCAUUCCAACUUGGUUGCCCCGCCCCACAUCCCGGUUAUGUAUAUCACCUGGUUGCAAUGCAAACAUCACAUCAAGUCUCGAAGCAUGAAACUUGGGAUCCAUGGAGGAACGGGUGCGUGUGCAGAGGCCCGUGGAGCAGGAGGCCAACGUAAAAUUUAAAUGUAUCAUGUAAAUAGGUUAAACGAAAUGUGCUGCACACCCGUUAAAUCAAUGUUUAGUUGAGCACAAUGCUUGUUAGUUUAGAUUAAUGAGGAAUUCCGCAGGGAAUCUCGUGACCCCGUACAUCCCGGUUUCAGUUGCAACUGAAAAUAAAUAACACCGUUACAUACAGUAUCAAAAUGG